AUGGGUCGAGAAACAUAUUUAAAGAAGAUAUAUGGCGAAGAAGCAUACAAGAAUUUGAAAUCCAAAACCAUUCUUAUGGUGGGAGCUGGAGGUAUAGGAUGUGAACUCAUUAAAGAUUUGAUGUUAAGUGGAUAUUCCAGCAUUCAUAUAGUGGAUUUAGAUACUAUCACUCUUUCCAACUUGAAUAGACAAUUUCUUUUCCGACAAAAGGAUAUUGAUCAGAGUAAGAGCAAGACCAUCUGUGAAGCUGUACAAAGUUUCAACUAUUUUGAUUGCAAAUUGACAAGUCAACAUGGUAACAUUAUGGAUACAAAACAGUUUCCAAUAUCAUGGUGGCGUCAAUUCGAUAUGAUAUACAAUGCAUUAGAUAACUUAGAAGCUAGAAGAUUUGUUAAUCAAAUGUGUCUUUUUUUAGGGAAACCUUUAAUUGAAUCGGGUACCACGGGUUAUCAAGGUCAAGUUCAACCUAUUUUUCCUUAUUUAUCGGAAUGCUUUGAAUGUCAAGCUAAAGUGACUCCCAAAACCUUCCCCGUGUGUACAAUUCGUUCUACUCCUUCUCAACCCGUUCAUUGUAUUACUUGGGCCAAAGACUUUUUAUUUGUGCAAUUGUUUGAUGACUCAACAGCAGCAACAGGCUCAGAGUUGUCCCAUGUUACUAAUCAAGACAGUCAAGAUAAUGAUGAAUUGGAAACCUUAAAGAAGGAACUCAGCGAACUUCAGGGAUUAAGAAACCUAUUCGAAUCAGGUAAUAAAGAGCUUGCUUCAAUAUUAGUUGAAGAUAUUUUUGUGAAAGAUAUAGCAAGAUUACUUCGUAUUGAUGCAUUAUGGAAGCUGAGAGCAAAGCCUAUUCCAUUGGAAUACAAUAAAGAAGAUCUUGAAAAGCUAUUGAUGGACAAUAAAAGUUUAGAAAUUUUAUCGAAUGAUACCCAAAUGUGGUCUGUGGUAGAAAACGUCUACGUGUUGUAUAAAUCUUUGCAAGCAUUACAAGAUCGUUAUAAGGUUGACCCUAAAAUCCCAAUAUCUUUUGAUAAAGAUGACGAGGACACACUCAACUUUGUUGUCUCUUCAGCCAAUUUAAGAAGCCAUGUUUUUGGUAUUGAGAUCAAAUCUAAGUUUGAUAUCAAACAAAUCGCUGGGAAUAUCAUACCUGCAAUUGCUACUACCAAUUCCAUCAUAUCUGGGUUUUCAAGUUUGGCAGGUAUUAGGGCACAAAUCGGUGAUAAGAUUGAUAUCUCCAAACACUUGACAACUUACAUCAGUAUUAAGCCCAAUAAGUAUAUCACCUCAGCUUCACUUGUGCCCCCAAAUCAUAAAUGUGCAAGUUGCAGUUUGGUUCGGAAGGGAAUUGCCAGAUGCUCAAUAGGUACUACAAAAUUGUCACAAUUGCUUCAAUUGGUAUGUAAAAGAUAUGGGUAUGUUGAAGAUGCAACCUCUAUAAUAAUUGGAAAAUCUAAAUUGGUUUAUGAUAUGGAUUUUGAUGAUAAUCUUGAAACUAGUCUUGAAGAUCUUGGGGUUUUCAAUGGCCAAGUGAUUUUAAUUCAAGAUGAUGAUGAUAACUUGGAAAACCUUGAAUUGUUAAUUGAAGACAAGAAGGGAGAAGCCAUUUUACCAAAUAUUCAAUUGAGAAAGAAAACUACAAUUAUUACAGCUGAACCAGGAGGUCUGAAUGAUAUUAAUGAUGACCAUUUAAAGACAGUAGAGAGUGAAAACGGUGACACGAUGAUAGUUAUAGAUGAAGAUGACGAGAGUGAAAUUGAAGAAAUGACUAUCGAUACUGAUGGAGUUCAUGCAAUCUCUUCUAAAAAUGGAGAUGGGAAAGUGGAUGAAAGCUUUCUGGAUGAUGUUAUUGAAAUAGAAGAUCUCGAUGAUUAUGGUCCUGCUACUAAGAAGCAACGCUUACACUAG